AUGAUACGACAAUUUGCAAGGGAUCUACAUAUCAACCUAAGAAAAUGUCAUCUACCGUCAACAUCAACACUACAAAGCUAUGGCUUUGCGUCCUUAUACUAUCAAGGCUUUAAGUCAUCUAAAUAUUCAUUUACAAUACCAUACAGAUCAUACGCCACUUUUGAUUAUACAAGAGCUCCCUCCAAGGAAUUGGUUGCCAGUUUUUUCGAUCAUCAAUAUGUCAAAAUAAAUAAUUGGAUAUUCAAAGAUGACCAAUAUCGACAAUCCUUCUUGAACUAUCUACGAAAUCAGUCUUCUUUUAGCAAGGAUGAAAUAAAGGAAGUUGUCGAGCUUCAUGGCAGAUUAGUUGAAGUAUUAAACGAACUUCAAAUAGGUUUUCAAUUUUUAGAAAAGAUGUGGGAUGCAAUUUUCAAUCGUGUGGUAACUGACGAAUCCGUCACUGCUUUACAAAAAGCGAUAAUUGAAGAAAGAGAUCCACUUACAAAUGUAUUGAUACGCUCUGCAAGAUAUGAUUUGUACAAGAAAAUUAUCACUCCUAGAUUAAAUCAUUCCCAAAUGUCCAUUAACAAGAGUGAUGAGCUUAUAGAGAUUAUUCAAUUGCAAUCAGACAAGAAUGCUGGAAUAACUUUCAAUUCUAAAAAUAUUGAAAACUAUCUCUUGAAUGAGAACAAGAAUCUAAUACUGAAACAACAAUUGAUUACAUUAAUAAUCUGCACUAGUUUGAAGCUCAAUCGUGGAUUGCAGUAUACUGAAAGAGACUAUACAACACAGCUAUAUUUGAUUGAAAAUUUUAUGGCAUGGACCAAAAUGAUAGAAAACAAUGAAUGGUUUUGUAACCCCGAUGCUACUCAAUACGAUGAAGUAUUGAAAUUGAUUGGCAUACCACCAGGUGAUUAUCGAAUCGAAAAGUACUUACAAGAUAUUUUAAAAUUAGUGGAGCAGGAAUAUCAAACCAAGAAUCUGUACAUAUUCAUCACUUCAAUAAUGAGAACAUUGGUUGAUAAGGCUCCACAUUUGACAUAUAAAUACUUUUAUUUCAAGGAUGCUCAAAUCAGACAGAGAUCUUUAAAUCGAUCAAAUGUAUUGAUACAGGACGAUUUGACUUAUACCAUGCAGGCAUGUUUAAAAUUUGAUAGCCAAAAGCUUUUUGAUUUAUACAAAAACAACCAAGAUUUGCAUGAUGGUGACGAAGGUGGUCAAGAAUCUUUAAUACUUGAACUAUCCAAAGUGACUAAAGACUGGAAUGCAUUGCAAAAGAAUUUCGAAAAUAUGUACGGUAGAGGAAACUUACCAUUAACUGUCCAUUACGGUAUUGCAAUGCAAGCCUUGAAUACAUUACGAGCAGAUGAAGAAUUAGGCAGAUUAUAUGAUCAAUUACAGAAACGUGGAUUACAUUUAAAUUCUACAGUUAUGGAUGCAUUAAUACGAUCAAAAAUUAGACUACUUGAUCAAACAAAAGUUGUUGAAUUGUUUGAAGUAUAUGCCAAAAUGAGUUCUCAGGGUAAAGCAGAUCCUAAGAGUGUUCAAAAAUUGUUUCCCUUGAUACUAAAGAUUCCUAUGCGGAAUAGAGAAACGUCAGUGGUAUUAGAUUAUUUAAAGCAGUAUUUACAAAGGGAAAAAGAGACUGGGCAAAUUUUCAUUGAUGGGUCCACUUUCCAAAAGGUCAUGCAGUAUGCUGUUGGCAUACCUUCAUUAAAAACUAUCGAAGCAACUAAAGCAUUGGUGGAAGAAUACGGAAAACAAAGCACUGAAUAUUAUGCUGGAUUGAUUUCAGCAUACUCAAACUUAGAUCAAUUCGAACGAGCUGAUAACAUGGCGUACGAGGCCCACAGAAAGUCUAAGAUUCCUUUUGGGGAAAUUCAAAUAUGGGCACUGCAAUUGAAGAAUAAUAUGAGGUGGAAGUUACGAUCACCGGAUACAAUAACAUCACAAUAUAACGAAAUAAAGAUCAGUUUUAUAACCAAGAUGAGUUUUUGUUCAGCUUUCCAACUUUUUUAUGACCAAGGAGGUAUCUCGCUAAUUAGUGAUAUAAUACAGAACUUGCAUAAUCAUGGUAAGCUUAAACAAGAAUUGGCUGUUUUUCGUCGCUCAAAGAUAUUGCAACUCCGGGAUGAAAGAAUUUAUACUACGAGAUUAGACUUUUGGCGAAGAAAGUUUGAGUGGCAUGAAAUUCUAAAAGAAUUUGACGAAAUGAAUGGUAAAAACAUUUUGAUUACAGCCAGAACUUACAGGUUUGUUUUAGCAGCAGUUUUGAAUCUAGAUGCAAAGUCGGGGUCCAAUUUUGAUAACUCUACUGAUAUGUUAAAGCAGGUUUUGAGAUUCUACGGAUUGAGUAGUGAUAGCACUAAAAAUGACCGUUUAUCCUUGGAAGACGACAUUUUGUACUUGGCAAGAAUGGUUAUUGAUUUUGUUGACAUUGUUGGCCCAGAACAAAGCUCCCUGCUAUAUUUGAACUUUGUCAAACAGAUUUAUGAUAAAUUGGGUAAAAAUCUUGACUUCAGACUUAGUCUAAUAUUGUAUGAAGGAUUGGUUAAAGUUUUCAAUGAAGAUAAAAUCACCAUGACCAAAGAGUUUCAUCGAUUAGGAGAACUCGUUGAUAGCUAUAUUAAAGAUUAUCCGUUUAAGGAAGUCCCAAUAUUCCCAUAUCGUGUAACUAGGUAUUACGGGGAUAUGCUGGUGAGUUGGUUGAAAAGCCAUACUCCAACUCGCGCAGAUGAACUUAAGAUACUCCGAGUUUUGCAAUCUGGUGUUAAACUCGAGACAGACCAAUACACCAGUGUAUUAAAAUACUUUCUUGAGAAACUUGAUGAUGAUGAAGACUACUUAGACCAAGUUUUGAAGAUUAUGGAAGACAAUUUAAUUCACGGAAAUUUAGAUGAAUAUAGAUCCUAUCUUGAAAAACAGUUGUGCUACAAAAUCUGUUUGAAAUACUUGAUGGACAACUAUGGCGACGAAGAUGCUAUCUUCACAUCAUAUCAAAUAUUGAAUAAUUUCUAUGAUAUUAAUGGGCCUGACCAAGUUAGAGAAAACUUGAAAAGUACUAAUAUUACUAACUUCUUGCGAAGCUCAUCUGGAAGACUUUUCAAUAUCAAAACCAAUCCUUAUGGUUUCAAAUCGAUGAGUCACCAUAAAUUUUUGGAUUAUUUCAACCCAGAACAUAUUGCUCAAAAAGGUUUAUUUGCUUCUAAUGACUUGAUACUAUUACUACGAAUACAAAUUCUCAAAUAUUGUCAAAAUGACAAAGACAAACUAAGAACGUAUUUCAAAAAGCACCCAAAGACCAUGAAAUUUGUCAUGACGGAAAAGUCAACAAUUUUACCUCUGAAAUUCAAAGGAUUUAGAUCAAUAAUUGAUGAUAUUUCACCAUUAGGAAAUUUAAAUUGGAAACAAAAUAGAAUAGCGAGAGCUAGCAGGGUAUUGAAAAGUUUGUUAUUGGAUACAAAAUACCAAAUGUUUAUUACAGCCGACGCUAACCAAUCUACCCCCAUGCUAACCAAACUGCCAAAACACGAUUUUUAUGAAUAA